AUGGAAACGGCUGGUGCUUACGGCGGUGGAAAGGCCGGUGGAGCCUUCGAUCCUCAAGCUUUCAUCCAGCGACCUUCUGUAAUUGUCCGUGCAGUUUGCUGGUUAUUCUGUGUGAUUGUAAUGGGAUGUAUAUCAGCCAAGGGCUGGUACAUCAGCAAAGCCGACGGCAAUGAGUACUGCGUGUACAAUAACGACACGAAUGCUUGCAACUACGGCGUGGGCAUAUCGGUGAUAGCGUUCGUAGCUUGCGUCGCUUUCAUCGUGGGCGAAUACCUCUUUGAUCAAAUGUCCUCUGUGAAGACGAGGAAGCAUUAUGUACUCGCUGAUAUGGGAUUCUCUGCGUUCUGGGCGUUCUUAUAUUUCGUCGGUUUCUGCUAUCUGGCGAACGCUUGGGGUAAGACCGAGACCCCUCCGGUGGGCACCGCUAACAACAUGCAAGGCGCCAUCGCCUUCUGUUUCUUCUCUAUUUUCGCUUGGGUGGCAUGCGCGUUCUUCGCGUUCCAACGCUACCGUUUGGGCGCGGAGGCUGCGUUCGCGCCCGCGUACGAGGUGGAGGGCGGCAGUCCCGGGGGCUUCCCCGCCUAUCCCGGCGCGCCCGACCCGCAGCCCGCCUACAGCGACCCGCCCUUCAACCAGCCCAAUACCGGAAACAUCGAUUACUCCGCUCCAACUUAC